CACGCUAAUUUUAGCCACCCACUACUUUUCAAAAUUCCUUAUUAUUUUUCUCUCCCUUUCUUUAUAUUCCUAUUCAUUUCCCUAUUUUCCAUCUCUCUCACACAACCAUGUUUCCUUAUAAAUACAUUGAAAAAGAGUGAGUGUUGAGUCAAUUGAGAGUGAAGUAAGAGAAGUUAGGUGAAUCAAUUAGUGAUGAUUUUAGAGAUGGGUUCCAUGUGGGUGGUCCUCAUGGCCAUUGGUGGUGCUCUUUUGGUCCUAAGAUCCAUUCUCAAAAAUGUAAAUUGGUGGCUCUAUGAAUCCAAAUUAGGUGUCAAGCAGUACUCUCUGCCACCAGGUGAUAUGGGAUGGCCCUUCAUAGGUAACAUGUGGUCCUUUCUUAGAGCUUUCAAGUCUAAAGAUCCUGACUCCUUCAUCUCUUCCAUUGUAUCCAGAUAUGGAAGUAGUGGAAUAUACAAAGCCUUAAUGUUUGGAAAUCCAAGUGUGAUUGUGACAACACCAGAAGGAUGCAAAAGAGUUCUAACAGAUGAUGAAAAAUUCACAACUGGUUGGCCUCAAUCUACAAUAGAGCUCAUUGGAAAGAACUCAUUCAUUGCAAUGACUUACGAAGAACACAAGCGCCUUCGACGUUUAACAUCGUCUUCCAUCAAUGGCAUGGAAGCAUUGUCUUUGUACUUGAAAUAUAUCGAAGAAAACGUUAUAAUUUCGCUAGAGAAAUGGUCUAACAUGGGACAAAUCGAGUUUUUAACCGAAAUUCGGAAGCUUACUUUUAAAAUCAUUAUGCAUAUUUUUCUUAGUUCAGAAAGUGAACCUGUUAUGGAAGCUUUGGAAAAAGAAUACACAAUACUUAAUCAUGGAGUUAGAGCUAUGCAAAUCAAUGUUCCUGGAUUUGCAUACUAUAAAGCGCUCAAGGCUAGGAAAAAUCUAGUUGGAAUAUUUCAAUCUAUUGUGGAUGAUAGAAGAAACAUAAGAAAGGUUUAUUCGCAAAAGAAAGCGAAAGAUAUGAUGGAUUCUCUUAUAGAUGUUGAAGAUGAUAAUGGAAGAAAGUUGAAUGAUGAAGAUAUCAUUGAUAUAAUGUUAAUGUACUUGAAUGCUGGUCAUGAGUCUUCGGGACAUAUUACAAUGUGGGCUACCUAUUUCCUACAAAAGCACCCUGAAUAUCUUAAAAAAGCUAAGGAAGAACAAGAAGAAAUAAUAAAGAGGAGACCUUCAACACAGAAAGGGUUGACACUUAAGGAAAUUCGCGGCAUGGAUUUUCUUUAUAAGGUAAUCGAUGAAACAAUGCGCGUGAUAACCUUUUCAUUGGUGGUUUUUCGAGAGGCGAAAUCCGAUGUAACUAUCAAUGGUUAUACCAUACCAAAAGGUUGGAAAGUGCUUACAUGGUUCAGAUCAGUUCACCUUGAUCCUGAAAUAUAUCCUAAUCCAAAGGAAUUUAAUCCUAAUAGAUGGAAUAAGGAACAUAAAGCAGGGGAGUUCCUUCCCUUUGGAGCAGGAACUAGAUUAUGUCCUGGCAAUGAUCUUGCCAAAAUGGAAAUAGCUGUUUUUCUUCAUCAUUUCACUCUUAAUUACCGGCUUGAACAGCUUAAUCCUAAAUGUCCUAUUAGAUAUUUACCACAUACAAGGCCUAUGGACAAUUGCUUAGGAAGGGUUAAGAAAUGUUGAUCAACAUAAAUUUCAAAUGGAAAAGAGAGUUCAUGGUUCUUUGUAUUGUGAAAAUUGUUUUCAUGUUUGUAUUUUGGUAAAAACCACAAAUCUCAAACUACCUUCAGCUAUUUUAUGAUAGAUGGAAAAAAAGUUUAGGAAGUUUCACAGUUUAUACAUAUAAGAAAUAAAUAUAAUUACGAAAGUCUAUUAUCCUUU